AUGACGCCCUUAUUAUGGCCGCUUGGUGCCAUAAUCCUCUUCUAUGCCCUAAGACUCAUCUACAUUCCUAAGCCUCUCCCCGGGAUUCCGUACAACCGGCUCUCUUACUUCAUGCCAUGGGGUGACCUUUUGAGCCUAGGCAUAUCCUUCUUCUCCCGCGGGGAGGUCUUCCGCUGGUUCAACACCCGGUCUCACCAUCACCGCAGCCACAUCUUCCAAGCGUUCAUCCCAUCCUUCAGCACCUCAUCCCCCGUACUGGUAGUGACAGAUCCCGCAGAGGUCAAAGACAUUGUGACUCGCCAGCUCAGCAGCAUCGAUCGUUCGCGGCUUAUGGGCCUUUGGUUUGGACUCUUAGCCCCCGGAGCGAGCAUCGGGAUGCCAUCUGGUGGCAGCUUCAGGGCUUUGAGGUGGGCUUGGAACUCAAUGUUGAGCCCCGUGUUCCUGGGGAACGUGGCUGGACCGAGAAUACGGGACGCAGCGUUGAGUCUGGUCGAGCUCUGGUCGUUGAAGGGUGGCACGCAGCAGUGUUCACCCUUUGAGGCAUGCAGGGAUCUCAGACUGUCGACACUCGAGGCGAUGAUGGGUUUGCUCCUCGGAAGGGAGCUUGGUAUGCUCGAGACCGAGAUCUCCGAUCUCAAACGCGCGGAGGAUGGGGAGAAGCUGUGGCACUGGCGAAGGGGUCGACCAGAAGCUCAACCAAGACACUUCUACCGAGACUUCAGCUUGACUCUCACGUGCUUGGACUGGGUCACGCAGGGCGUUUCGCCAACGGUGUAUUCAUGGGUCUUCAGGCACCUCUUCUGGCCGUUCCAAAGGGCACAGAAGAAUGUCGAGGCCUCCUUGCAGCGCGUCGUCAACGACGUACGCCAAAAGCUGGGGGGCGAGGAGAAGGCUGCUUCCUAUCCAAUCAGCGCGUUGGAACUGGUCCUUCAGAGAGCUACCUCGAGACCCCAAACAGAAAAGAUCGUGUCGGACGCGGCGCUUAGAAGCGAGCUGAUCGAGCUGCUCAUCACAGGUCACGAAACGACGGCAUCAUCCAUCGGAUGGGCAUUGAAAUAUCUCGCGGACGACCAGACUGUCCAGAAAAGACUCCACGAAGAGCUGCUGCAAUUCCUGCCGGAGUCGGCUAUCACGCCGACCAGUGAGCAGAUCAUGACGACUCACCUGCCUUACCUGGACGCCUUCAUUGCAGAGACAUUGCGAUACUCGUGUACAGGCCCCAUUUCGUUCCGCGAAGCGACACAAGACUGUACUGUACUCGGCCACCUCAUCCCGAGCGGGACGCCCAUCGUGCUCAUGACGCAGGAUGUCACGCAUCAAGAAGCGACGUAUCUAGAAAAAGAACCCAAGUCAGCGCCGCGCCAUCUGGCAAGCACCAACACGUCGGAAAACGGGAGCAACUCGGGGCCUCCAUUGAACCACUUCUAUCCUGAACGAUGGCUUAACACCAACGGCGGCUUCGAACCGAAAGCGGUAUUCUCGCUGCCUUUUUCGGAUAGCCUCAGAGGCUGCUUCGGGCGAAAGAUAGCGAUGAUGGAGAUGAGGAUCUUUCUCGCGGUCCUCGUGUGGAACUUCCGCUUCGCGAAGCUGGACGCAGGCUUGAGCCGUUAUGGAUCUCUGGAUGGGCUUACGAGGAAGCCAAGCUGCUGUUAUGUCCUCCCUAUUCCUCGACGAGGUCGGGUGACGGACGAAGUAAACAUGAGCAGGACGCGUUUGCCCCCUCUUUGCGUAGAUGUUCUUGCAACGUGA